GAUCCAAGAUUCACAUGAAUCCCCCGUCAUUCUCUCCGCUCUGCACUCCAUCUGCAGAUACGAGACCACCCACGUCAUCUGUCGACCAGGGAAUCCGUCCUCCGCAUCUCCAUUUAAGCGCCGUUGCCAGGAAAUAAACCACCACGUGCACCCCAGAGAAACCGGUCGGUCAACACUCAACAGUCUGCAUCUAUCUGGACAACUCAUUCAUUUAUUCCGACGCUCUCCGGUCCAGUCCCGACAGACGGAGGAGGAUACACCGAGGCGCUAAGAGCAGACAGGGCACAUGAUCAGCACCACAACAAGGUCAACAACACACAGCCUGAGUUUCCCCUCGAUUGCCCCUCAUCGACGGAAUCCUACGGGGGAUGUCUCCUUAGCACAACUCCACGAAUCGAAGGUUUGGUCUGACCCCGACCUGUCAAGCCCAGCCCAGACCACCGAGCCCACUGAUCCCGUAGGCUAGGAAGUGAUUUCCUAGACGCAGAUGAUUAUCUCUGCGUCUGGCUGGGCUGGGCUGCAGACCACCACUACCACCUACCUACCUACCUACCUACUCCAACCAGAACCCUCCGAUACCCAGAUGCACGCAAAUCUAGGUAGGUCCACUGACGUAGACACGACACGAAGAAGCCGUUUUCAGCAAAGACACAGACAGACACAUGCGCGACACAACACAGAGGCUCAUGUCCAUGCCCAUGCCCAUGCUCUUGCAGACAGACGCACGCACGCACCCCCGACCAACUCAACAAGGCCAACUCCGUAGCACCUCAGCAGUACAGCGUCCAGUACUUGGGUUCUCGUCACACGGCUCGUGCCGCCGCCUCACGCGCCUUACGCGAUCCUGCCGCAGGGCUAGGUUGGCCGUCUCACAGCAGCGUAGCUGUUAUGUGACGCACGAACCGCAUGCUCUCCCUCCGUCGGGGAGCUGUGGUCGGAGUCGGAGAAUAGGGGUUGGACUUGGGUUCGGGCGGCUGGGGAUGAUUUAUGCGGAUGCGGUGCUGGAUUGGUGAGACAUUGAUCGGGUGCAUGUAAGGAGGGAGUCUGAGUUGCGGAAGGAAUCCGUAGGCAGGGGGGGCGCUAGGGGGACAAGUGGUUGGGUAGGUAGUGUUGGGGAGGG